AUGCCGGUUCCGCUGUCCCCCAUCCUGCGGACGGCCGUCUGGGUGGUUGUAGCUCCUCUCGGCGUCUACUUCACCUUCCUGGCUCUCGGCGCCACGCCGUUCUUCCAAAGACAUUUCCUAUACGCCCAUAAGAUAAACACUCUCUGGUGGCGCGACAUCAAUGAGCCUGAAAGAUUCGGCUUCGCUAAGGGUCAAGUAACUCCCUUCUCUCUUGACACCCCUGAUGGCGAGAGUCUAUAUGCCUGGCAUGUCAUGCCCUUGCCCGCAUAUCUCAAGCAAGAGGAGAGGUUUUCUGUGCAAAAGUCAGGCUUUUGUAAUGAUAUCACCGAGACAGAGUCUUUCCGGGCGUUAAAGGAGGACCCUGAAGCCCGGGUGGUCAUAUCUUGUAAGCUUCCCUUGGCCGUCCAAAACGCCGGAGACAUCGCUCAAAACCACCGUCCAGACAGUUACCACGUCAUCACAGACACCUCAACCUACCACGUUCUGGCCAUCGACUACCGUGGCUUCGGCUAUUCCACCGGUGUCCCCUCCGAAGAUGGUCUCAUUCAGGAUGCAGCAACUCUGAUCGACUGGGUCAUCAACGUCGCCGGCGUGCCCUCUGAUCGCAUCGUCAUUCUCGGUCAAAGCUUGGGCACCGCCGUAACCAGUGGCGUCGCAGAGCUGUACGCAUCGCAAGGUAUUGAAUUCGGCGGCAUCAUUCUCGUCGCAGGAUUCAGCAACCUCCCCAAGAUGCUCAGCGGCUACAAAAUAGGCGGCAUCUUCCCCGUUCUGGGGCCCUUGAAAGUCUGGCCUGGGUUCUUGAAUUACAUGGAGACCUUCAUCUACGACAAGUGGCAGUCGGCUGAUAGGCUCGAGAGUCUGGUGAAGCUGACCAAGCGCCGCCUGCGGCUCACUCUCAUCUCGGCCAAGGACGACUCAGAUAUCCCCUGUGAGGAGAGCAGUAAGCUUUUCCGGGCAGCUGCUAAUGCGACGGUCGAGGGUGGGCUCAACGACCAUUCUUUCGAGGCGUGGAAGGAGGUCCGGACGAUCCACAAGGGGAAGGAUGCGUUUGUCACGACCUGGCACGCCGAUCACAAUGUCAUUAUUCGCCAGGAAAUGUUUCCCUAUGGCGGGCAUAACGACAUCAUGGGAUACGCGCCCGUCAUCCUCGCAGUCAUGCGAUCUUUUGAUCUCAAAGGCACGGCGUUUGAUGGGGCUGGUUCUGAAACCAGCAGUGGAACAAUGCUAUAA